AUGCCUUACGCUUCCUCGUCCGACGGCGGCUUUACGAGUCCGCCUUCACAACAUCCGACCAGUGCGCCAUCUUCUCCACCACCCGCCUCUCCGGCAAGCGUCACAAUGGACAGGCCCAAGAUGAGCUACACGAAGCUAAGGGAAGAGCAGAUCCUCGCCGCCGAAGAAGAGAAAGCUAGGGCAGAAAACGAUAAGGCUGAAGAAAAGCGCAAGAAGAAGUGGAAGAAGCGCGUGCUUAGCAAGGAGGAGCGCGAAGCCAAGGCUAAGGACCUGGACCAGCUCCUCGCACAGAGUGCCGCCUUCAGCAGUAUCCUCACCAACAAGACAAAAGUCUUGGGACGCGUCGGCACUACUCUGGACGGGACGGUGAUAGGCGAACACGACCUAACCAUGGCGAAGCAGCCGAAAUGUUUGGUUGGUGGCACCAUGAGAGAUUAUCAAUUGGAGGGAUUGACCUGGAUGUACGAGAUUUGCAUCCAGGGUAUGAGUGGAAUUUUAGCCGACGAAAUGGGAUUAGGCAAGACUGUUCAGACGAUAUCGCUCAUUGCGUUGCUCCGCGAGCAAGAGAACUAUCUCGGGCCGCACCUCAUCGUCGCCCCGUUGAGCACUCUGUCCAACUGGCUCGACGAGUUCCAUCACUGGGUCCCGUCAAUACCGGUUGUCAUGUACCACGGCACGCCGAAGCAGCGCAGCGACAUCUUCAAGACCAAGAUCAUGCGCCAUCUCCAUGGCGGGAGACCAACCGAAAAGUUCCCCGUGGUGUGCACAAGUUACGAGAUGGUUUUGAAGGACCGUGCCGCCUUGUCCAAGAUCAACUGGGAGUUCAUCAUUAUCGACGAGGGGCACCGGAUGAAGAACUUCGACUCGAAGCUCUUUCGUGAGCUGAAGUCCUUCACAUCGGCCACCCGUCUCCUCAUCACCGGCACGCCCUUACAAAAUAACCUGAAGGAACUGUGGUCACUGCUCAAUUUCCUGCUUCCCAAGAUUUUCCGGGAUUGGGAGGCCUUCGAGAGCUGGUUCGACUUCAGCGAUUUGGCGGACGAAGAAGGCACCGAAGAGUUCAUUGCCGACAAAACCAAACAGGAGCUCGUGAAGAAGAUGCAUGUUGUGCUGCAACCCCUCCUCCUGCGCAGAGUCAAGGCCGACGUGGCCAAGUAUCUCCCCAAGAAGCGGGAAUAUGUCUUGUAUGCACCAAUGACGAAGGAGCAAACAGAUUUGUACAAUGCAAUCAGCGACAAGAACGUCGAUACACGGGCAUACCUGGAGAACAAGGUGAUUGAACGCCUCACAGGGGCUGCCAACAGCAAAGCAUCCUCGUCCAGCCGCAGCACCCGCCCCUCCAGGUCCAGCAGCGUCAAGAUGGAGCCAGAUACAGAUAGCCAACCAAUUUCAAAAAAAGGAACGAGAGGUGGAGCGGCUGCCACGAAGUCAGAGGAAGUCCGCCCGCCAGCGAAGAACGCUUUUACCCUAAUGAUGGGCAAGCCACGUCCUCGUGGAAGACCGCCCAAGGCUGCCCCUGCCGCCAAGCAGGAAUCUGCCGAACCUCAGCCUCCGGAGCCGACAAAGAAAGAGUCGAAGAGGAAGAGCCCGUCAUCAGCCGAGUCUCCGGCUCCCAAGAGCGCCAAAUCAAGUAGGCAGUCCACCCCUGCGAGUGCCCGUGGCCGCCCCCGGAAGGGACGGCGAUCGUACAGGGAAGCCGACUCCGAUGAUGAUCUGCUAGACGAUGACGAGUUCGAGGCUAAACUCUUCGAGGUGAUGGGGGAGGAAGAUGGUGGAGAGAUGGAGGGCAGCUCGGAUGAAGAAGAGUUUGCGCGCGCGCAGACUCUCGAGCUCGCGAAACGAGAAAUAGCACAUAAGAAGCUCGGCAACCCCAUCAUGCAACUUCGACUCGUCUGUAACAGCCCGCACAACUUUUAUAACCCCUGGGCGAGCGACGAGGGCCUGCCGAUCGACGAGAGCAUCGUGACCGGCUCAGGCAAGAUGCUUCUCCUCGACCGCCUCCUCCCUGCCCUCUUCAAGCGCGGCCACAAGGUCCUCAUCUUCUCCCAGUUCAAGACCCAGCUUGACAUCCUGCAAGACUACUGCACCGGGCUCCGCAGGUGGCCCGUCUGCCGCAUCGACGGCGGCGUCGCGCAGGACGACCGGCGCGCCCAGAUCCACGAGUUCAACACCAACCCGAAGCGCCGGAUCUUCCUCCUCUCAACCCGCGCCGGCGGGCAGGGCAUCAACCUGGCCAGCGCCGACACGGUCAUCCUGUUUGACAGCGACUGGAACCCGCAGCAGGACCUGCAGGCGCAGGACCGGGCGCACCGCAUCGGCCAGACGAGGCCCGUCAUCGUCUACCGGCUGGCGACCAAAGGCACGGUCGAGGAAGAGCUGCUCAUGAGCGCCGACGCCAAGCGCAGGCUGGAAAAGCUUGUUAUUAAGAAGGGCGGGUUCCGGACCAUGGGGCAGAAGAUUGAUAUGCGGGAGGACCUGGACCGGGAGACGCUCCAGGCGCUGCUGUUGAAGGAUGGUCUGGUGUACAAGUUCUCGGGCGAUAAGGAGGUGUUGAGUGAUGAGGAUUUGAAUGUUCUGUGUGAUCGGAGCGAUGAGGCGUACGAGAAGGCGGCGGUGGGUGAGGGGAAUGCGGAUGGGUACAAGGUUAUAGAGACGGGAGCAAAUGGGAUCACGGCGGCUGGAAAGGCGUAG